UACAGUUUACUGAGCAUCAUGGGAAAUUAACUACAAAUCUCACUAGUCUCUCCUCCAUUGCAUCUCAGCCUCGUAGUAGCACAGGUAAUCUCCUUCUUGGCAGUCGGUCAGGUCGGGAACACGGCGGAACUUCUGGUGGUAGUAGACCAACUUGUUUUUCGCCCGAACGCCGUCGAUGGCGUCUAGGAAGUGAAGAAAUAUGAUUUAGUAGCAUUAAACUGAUAAGAAAGGGGAGGCCAUGUUUAUGCUAAUGGUUUAAUGCUAGUUAAACACUGCAAAUAGAAUACCACUUCAACCUCCAUUUAAAUUGUACCCUGUGUAAUAUUUUGUAGACAGACUUAAACGAUAUGUAUGAUAUUUUUUUUAUUACGUUUAAUUUGUAAUACAACCCCGGUUGCUGUACUGUUGUGGCAGCAGCUGGCUGGCUAGCUCUGUUAGCUUACCUCUAAAUGUGGUGACAGGCAGGUCCACGGAGUAAUAGAAGAGUUUGGACAAAAUCAGCGCCGGGUUUGGCAAAGAUGUCUGUUUGUCCACAACCGGAGUCUGCCGAGGAGGCUCAGGAUAUGCAUCUUUCUCAAAAUCUGAAGGCAUUUCUGCCCUAGUUUAGUCAAUGCCAGGGAAAUCCUACAAUUCGACCUCGACAGCUCUCCUUUCGAGGUGGCGCAUGCGCACAGUGCACGAUGCAAUGGCGAUGUAGAGUCUUUGCACCACCUCAAACUUCUGUGCAGUGCACACUCCUCCCCAUCGUCUCCUCUCUGGCAAAGAUUGCUUUUGUUUGAAAGCGAAUACGGCUCCUCAGCAGGGUCCAAACACCAAAUUAGAGCCUCAGUUCACACGGUGUACCUUCUUAAAUCAGGUUCUUCAUUCUAGCUCUUGCCUGGUCAGUGUGAGCAGACAUGUCUCACCGUAAAUUCCAUGCGCCACGCCAUGGACACCUGGGCUUUCUUCCUCGCAAGCGUAGCAAGAAGCACAGGGGCCGAGUGCGUACGUGGCCGAAAGAUGACCCCAGCCAACCCGUGCAUCUCACCGCCUUCCUGGGCUACAAGGCAGGCAUGACCCACACCUUAAGAGAGGUGCACCGUGCUGGCCUCAAGCAAUCAAAGCGAGAGGAAGUGGAGGCAGUUACCAUCAUUGAGACCCCCCCGGUCAUGGUGGUGGGCGUGGUGGGCUACAUUGUCACCGUGCAGGGUUUGCGUGCCCUGAAGACCGUCUUUGCUGAGCAUCUGAGUGACGAGUGCAAGCGUCGAUUCUACAAAAACUGGCACAAGAGCAAGAAAAAGGCUUUCACCAAGUACAGCAAAAAGUGGCAGGAUGAGAGCGGAAAGAAAGAGCUGGACAAGGAUUUUGCUCGGAUGAAGAAGUAUUGUUCAGUCAUUCGGGUUAUUGUUCACUCUCAGAUGCGAUUUCUGCCCAUAAAGCAGAAGAAGGCUCAUAUCAUGGAGGUGCAGUUAAACGGUGGGAGCAUCUCGGACAAGGUCGACUGGGCAAAGGAGAGACUGGAGCAAGCUGUGCCCGUGUCUGCCGUUUUCCACCAGGAUGACAUGAUUGACAUCAUUGGGGUUACAAAGGGUCAUGGCUUUAAAGGUGUGACAAGUCGCUGGGGCACAAAGAAACUCCCCAGGAAGACUCACAAAGGUUUGCGGAAGGUGGCGUGCAUUGGAGCGUGGCAUCCUGCUCGUGUGGGCUUCACCAUAGCUCGAGCUGGUCAGAAGGGCUACCACCAUCGUACUGAGAUCAACAAGAAGAUCUAUCGAAUUGGCAAAGGUGUUCACAUCCAUGAGGGAAAGGUGAUCCGGAAUAACGCCUCCACUAACUAUGACAUCAGUGAGAAGACCAUUACCCCCAUGGGAGGCUUCCCACAUUACGGUGAUGUAAAUAAUGAUUAUGUUAUGGUGAAAGGCUGCGUGGUCGGCGCAAAGAAACGUGUCCUUACCCUCAGGAAGUCUCUGCAUGUGCAGACGUCUCGCAAGUGGACCGAAGCCAUCGAGCUCAAGUUCAUUGACACCACGUCCAAGUUUGGUCACGGCCGUUUCCAGACUGCGCUGGAGAAAAGAGCAUUUAUGGGCCCUCAAAAAAAGGACACCCUGAAGACGCUGCCAGAGCCAAUGGCAGAGGAGACUUAAAAAACUGGGACUUUUUUAAAGAUGAAGCAAAAUUUUCAUGCAGAAAAGUGAUUUUCACUAAAAAUAAAGAUUUUUGAAGAAAUAUUUAUUGAAAAAAAGGCAUCAACACUUAUUUAAUCCAUGUUUUAUGCAUUGUACUGGGUGGCAAAAUUUAAAGAAAAUUUCCAUGGGAAUUACUAGGAAUAAACUGGUCA